GGACAGUAAACCAGAAGAGAAUCCAGUUAUGAACUUCUUCAAAACACUAGUGACUUCCAAAGUAACCAUAAAGGCAACAGCUACUCCUGAUGCCACAAAAGACCAGUCCCAGAAGGAGAACCAACCAGAGGCAACCACUACUGUGGCACAAGUAUCUGAGCCGCCUGCAGCACCCAAAGGAAUGUCUAUCCCACCGCCACCUCCUCCAGAACCACCAAAAAUGGAAAUCAAGGCAGAACCAGCUGCUAAACCUGUCAAACCCACACCAAAAGAGGAACCAAAAGCUGCUGCAAAGGAACCCGAGUCCUCAAAAGGAAAAUCAGCCAAAGAUACUCUAAGCAAAUUCUUCCGUUCAAAGAAGGUGGAUUCUUCAAAAGCUGGCACUUUGGAGGCCGCUGCAAAGCCAGAACCACCACCGCCUGUCCAGGAAGCAAAGAAAAAAGGCUCAACACCAUCCUUCUUUUCUCUCUUCAAGCCUAAAGCUGCUGAUCCCAAGAAGGCGACCCCUGCCCCAGCUGCAGCCGCAGAGACAGCCAAAGCCAAGGAGGAACCCAAAGCAGCAGCCAAGUCAGCAGAGACGGUUGUAGAUAAACCGGCUUCAGUGGCCUCCCAAACUGGAGGUGAUGCAGCCAAUGCACCCAAAAAACUGGAGAAGAGGAACUCCAUCCAGCUGUUCUUUAAAAUUCUGGGUCAGAAACGCAACUCAACAGAUGCCGGGGUCCAGACAGAGCCAGCCACUGCUGCUCCAGCAGCUGAGAAGGCCAAAUGAAACCAAAAACAACAGCAAAGUUUCCCUGUACAGACUCCCUCUCUCUUUCUCGCUCUCACCCAAUCUUUAUAUCUCUCUCUGUCUCAUUUUCCUUUCAACUUUUAUUGAAUUGCUUUAACUACAUUUUGUUUUUGUUACUGUUUAGAAGUUACAAUAUGCAAGGAAAGGUGACUGAAAAGGCAAAAAGCAAGUUGAGAGAAAGACACACAGCAGGUAGUUGAACAAGUGGUGAUUUGAAAUGGUCUAAGGUGAGGUUGUUGAGAUAUAUAUUUAUAUAAAUACUUUUUUUGGUCAUGUGAAUGCCUUGCCAAGAAUAGCAAUAUGAGUGUGAACCUUUUCUACAGACAAUUAAUGUGACUUAUCUCUGUUUUUGCGACUUAACACACAUGCAAUAGUCGGUAAAAUGCAUUGCUUUUAGCAAUUUGUUUGUCAAAAACAUUUAAAAACAAAGGUUCUAUUUUUACAGUUCACACCAGAAAAAAAACCACACAGCUGUGGUUGUGCAGCGGCUCAUACUAAAUUACACCGCACUUAAAUCUAUAUGACAUUAACAUUAACAGUGCUUAAAAGAGCCAAUAAUAGGAGCUUAUUAGUAUAACAAACUGCACUUAGAGAUUUUCUUAACUUUGCUAUGUAGACUAAAGCACAUGCAUACAUAUCCUAAAUGCCAUGUAUUGGGCCAUAUGGGAAAAUCACAAUCUUUAUUGUUGUGAGGGGAACUGACUAAGUGUAAAAAAUAAAUCUACGGUGAAUGUCCUUGUGUUACGUUUUCGAGUCAUGAAUCAGUUGAUUAACUUUUUAUUUGAUUGCAGCUCUUUGUGUCAUGUAAUCUAAUGGAAGUCUUUUAGCGUCAGUCACUUGUGUUUGGUAUUAUGUCAAAUUAAUAUCGUGCUUUUGUUUGCCUUUAUGUAUGUAUGCACGUAUGUGUAACUUCAGCUACUUUGAAGACAAUAAAUAUGUUC